AUGCGCUUGUGGUUUUCUUUUCAUUUUAAAACUUUCAUUAAUUACAGCAAAUUUUUGGUUUAUGUCAGCUGUGCACUUUCUAUAUGGGGAGACCGAAUGUGGCACUUUGCUCUGUCUGUGUUCCUGAUAGAGUUAUACGGACGCAACCUUCUUCUGACAGCAGUUUUUGGCUUAGUGGUGGCUGGCUCAGUGUUGGUAUUUGGGGUUUUAAUUGGAGAUUGGAUUGACAGAAAACCAAGAAACAAAGUUGCCCAUGCAUCCCUGCUCCUUCAGAACUCCUCUGUCACUGCCUGCUGCAUUGUCCUAAUGUUGGUGUUCUCCUACAAAAGUGAGAUCGAAGGCAUCUGGCAGGGCUGGCUCAUGGUGGCCUGCUAUGUGGCAGUGAUUAUCUUGGCAGAUCUGGCCAACCUGGCCAGCACAGCCCUGACCAUCACCAUUCAGAGAGACUGGAUUGUGGUUAUCACUGGAGACAACAGAAGCCAGCUUGCUGGGAUGAAUGCAAUGAUUCGAAGGAUGGACCAAAUCAUCAAUAUCUUUGCCCCUCUCUCUGUGGGACAGGUGAUGACGUGGGCAUCUAAUGUCAUUGGUUGUGGCUUCAUCCUGGGAUGGAACUUGGUGUCUCUGCUGGUUGAGUUCCUCUUCCUGUCUAAGGUUUAUCAGCUUGUGCCUCAGUUGGCUGCUAAACCCCGGCGGUGCACAGGAGACAGCUUUUUAAAAAGGCAACUGGAACUCAUCAGUUCUCAAGGGGAAAUUCAUUCUUGUCCAGCUAUUGAUGAGUUUGCCAACACGCCUAAGACUUUGGAAGGACCAGAGGACCGUCCGUCUCCUCUGGAAGCCCAGCAGGACACGACAUCCAGGUUUCCUCUUGGCCUCCGAAAGAUGCAAAGACUAGUCCGGAUAUGCUGUGAUGGAUGGAAGACAUAUUGCAGGCAAACUGUCUUCUUGGCGGGAUUGGGUUUAGCCUUCUUGUACACGACUGUGCUGGGCUUUGACUGUAUCACCACAGGCUAUGCCUACACACAGGGGAUUGGGGGCUCCCUUCUCAGCCUCCUUAUGGCCAUCUCAGCCUUCUCAGGUCUUGUGGGCACAAUUCUCUUUACCAGGUUAAGAAGGUCCUAUGGCUUAGUUCACACGGGCAUCAUCUCCAGCUGUCUCCACAUAGGCUGUUUGCUGCUCUGUGUGUUUUCUGUCUUUGCCCCUGGGAGUCCUUUUGAUUUGGGUAUUUUCUCUCUUCCACUAAGCCGGAACUCUUCCCUAAGUCACGAGAUGCUGAAAGAGAGCCCAACACAAGUUUCUCCUUUUGAAAGAAACAUUAACCAGCCCAUCCUUCCUGGCCGCUCAACCAUCCACUGGACCAAUAAUACUGUUCUGAUGGACGGCACGCAGGAGAGCACCCAGCCUGAGUCAUAUGUCUCCAUCAUCUUGCUCUUCUCAGGAGUGAUCUUGGCCAGAAUCGGUCUCUGGUCAUUUGACCUCACUGUGACUCAGCUCCUUCAGGAAAAUAUUGCGGAUUCAGAACGUGGCACCGUGAAUGGUGUGCAGUGCUCCAUGAAUUACCUAAUGGACCUUAUCCAUUUCAUCCUUGUCAUCCUGGCUCCAGCCCCUCAACAAUUUGGGCUGUUGGUAUUCAUUUCUAUCCUUUUUGUGAUGAUGGGACACACCAUGUAUUUUGUUUAUGCACCAACAGGAAGAACUUUGGGCCCACUGUCAACUCCUGAAAAACAGUCCAUGCAGUUUGUCAGUUCUAGUUGCCUGCUUUAUGAGCCCAUGAAGCAGAGAGGAUUUUCAGCUGGAUCUAAAGGUGUCAAGGGAAGCUUUUUGGUGUGUGAGGCCUCUGAGCUGAGCCUUGAAGCAAACACGGACCCAGAAGUCAGAGGGAAGAACGUCCCAGAAACCAGGAUCCAUGUUGGAGCUGGAGAGCCCAGCACGAAGGGAAGGGGCCCCCAGCAGACAUCGAGAGAUGGGCUCUUCUUGGCAUCCAGGAGCGUGCAAGGAGGCCAGAGGUAUGGGGUCACCAACUGGGGUGGAACGGGACGAUGGUAUAAGAAGAUUGGGUAA